AUGUCGAAAACCAAGGAGUCGGCUGACUCGUCUCUCCCAUCCUACGACGAGGCAACGCCGCCCGGCCAGGACGUCUCGCAACCGACGACGCUAGUCCUCGUGGGCCAGGCGAUCCACGCUCUGACGCCGGACUCGCCGCCGCUGUACCGCCUCAGCCUGGGCAUCGCGGACCUCUCGGAGAUCACCACGGAGGUGCAGCUGUCGCGCGUCGAGCCCAACAGGGACGGCACGGGCCGCGAACGCCACAUCUACGACCUGAGGCACAUGCGCUCGAUCCCGGGCGGCUGGGAGAAGCUGCCGGCCGACUCGCCGCGGUACUUCAUCCAGCGCGCGAGCCGGCGGCUCCCGGGCCCGGCGGCCCUCGGGAUCAAGAAGGGCGGCAGCUCGUUCAGGCCGGGCAGGGCGGCGCGCUCGACCGCCGUGCCCGUCGACGUCUCCGGCAAGACCAGCAAGUACGGCAUCCCCAGCUUCUGCAAGGACGGCGCCGCCGUCUUCGCCACCGACGGGCGCGAGUGGACGGACGCGCGCGGGGACGCGGUGGCCGUCACGCACGACGACAAGGCGGACAGGCGGCACAGCCUGAUUGUGACGGCAGCCUUGCCGCGCGGCCAGUUCGACAUGCUCGUAGCCCUGUGGUGCUGCCAUGUAUGGGAGUUUGGCGUGGCGAAUGCCCCAAAGGUGCAUGAAGGGAUGGAUGGAGGUAAAUUGUCCCAGGCCCUUUUUUCUCUGUCCUUCUGGGAUGGCUCUGCAGCCUCUGGCUUGAUAUCAGUGUUCGCAGCAGCUGACUUGUGGCGCGAACUUCUAGUGGCAAGGAAGAUGAGGCAGGCCAGAGAGUUCGGGUUCGGGGGUUCCUGGGGACCAGCGGGCGGCGGAGGCAUAUCUGGGGCGUUUUAA